AGUGUCGGAACCGGCCGCCCCCUGCGCGCCGAGCGGCCUCCGCGCCCGGUCCCCGCGCCGCCCCGCCGCCCCGCCGGCCGCCCGCGCCCCACCCCGCCCCGCCCCGCCGCGGCCCGUCCACUGCUCCUCGCGGGCCCGAGCCGCGAGGCUCUGCACGGCGCGGCGGGGCCGGGACCAGCCAUCCGCCAAGGAGAGCGGCGGCCCGGGACGGCUAUCGGAGGGGCGGCCGCACGUGGAUGCAGUGGGCGCCGGAAGGUUUGCGCAGCCGGUGCUGUCUUUGCCCCCGGGCGCCCUAUGGCUUGAAGAGCCUUGUCACCCAGUGGCCCCACUGCCCCGAUGGAUCCCCUCAAUCUGUCCUGGUAUGACGAUGACCUGGAGAGGCAGAACUGGAGCCGAUCCUUCAAUGGAUCGGAGGGAAAGUGGGACAGGCCCCACUACAACUACUACGCCAUGCUGCUUACGCUGCUUAUCUUCAUCAUCGUCUUCGGCAACGUGCUGGUGUGCAUGGCUGUGUCCCGCGAGAAGGCACUGCAGACCACCACCAACUACCUGAUCGUCAGCCUCGCUGUGGCUGACCUCCUCGUCGCCACACUCGUCAUGCCCUGGGUGGUCUACCUGGAGGUGGUGGGUGAGUGGAAAUUCAGCAGGGUUCACUGUGACAUCUUCGUCACUCUGGAUGUCAUGAUGUGCACAGCUAGCAUCCUGAAUCUGUGUGCCAUCAGCAUUGACAGGUACACAGCUGUGGCCAUGCCUAUGUUGUACAAUACGCGCUAUAGCUCCAAGCGCCGAGUCACCGUCAUGAUCGCCAUUGUCUGGGUCCUGUCCCUCACCAUCUCCUGCCCACUGCUGUUCGGCCUCAACAAAACAGACCAGAACGAGUGCAUCAUCGCCAACCCCGCCUUUGUGGUCUACUCCUCCAUCGUCUCCUUCUACGUGCCCUUCAUCGUCACCCUGCUCGUCUACAUCAAGAUCUACAUAGUCCUGCGCAAGCGCCGCAAGAGGGUCAACACGAAGCGCAGCAGCCGAGCCUUCAGGGCCAACCUGAGAGCACCGCUCAAGGGCAACUGUACCCACCCCGAGGACAUGGCACUUGGCACGGUUAUUAUGAAGUCUAAUGGGAGUUUCCCAGUGAACAGGCGGCGAGUGGACGCUGCCCGCCGAGCCCAGGAGCUGGAGAUGGAUAUGCUCUCCAGCACCAGCCCACCCGAGAGGACCCGUUACAGUCCCAUCCCGCCCAGCCACCACCAACUGACCCUCCCCGACCCGUCCCACCAUGCCCUCCACAGCACCCCCGACAGCCCCGCCAAACCAGAGAAGAACGGGCAUGCCAAAGACCACCCCAAGAUUGCCAAGAUCUUUGAGAUCCAGACCAUGCCCAACGGCAAAACUCGCACCUCGCUCAAGACCAUGAGCCGCAGGAAGCUAUCCCAGCAGAAGGAGAAGAAAGCCACCCAGAUGCUUGCCAUCGUCCUCGGUGUGUUCAUCAUCUGCUGGCUGCCCUUCUUCAUCACCCACAUCCUGAACAUACACUGUGACUGCAACAUCCCGCCUGUGCUGUACAGCGCCUUCACAUGGCUGGGAUACGUCAACAGCGCCGUGAACCCCAUCAUCUACACGACCUUCAACAUUGAGUUCCGCAAGGCCUUCCUGAAGAUCCUACACUGCUGACUCUGUGCCCGCCUGCCCAGCAGCCUGCUCUCUGCCUCCCUGUCCAGGCUGCAGGGCUUCUUCGCUUUGAGCCAGUAGGCAGCUAGGCCAGGGUGGGGGCGGUGGUUAUGGUAUGGAAAUGGGGAGUUGGCUGGGCCUUAUCCCCACCUUGACAGCCCCUGCAGUGUUACUCCAUGCUCACAUGCCCUCAUCCUGCCAGGGUAGGGCGAGGGAGCCGGGCACAGUCCCAGCCUCAAGGCUGGACCCUCUGGCUCAGGGGCUGCUCAUAGCUCCUUCACAGCCCCCUCCCCUCGGCACCAAAGAUGAAGCCGCCUUCCUUGAUCUUACUCCGGGCUCUUGGGGCCACUGGGACCAGAGUCAAGGCUCUGGGGACAAAGCUCUGGGGGCAGAGUUUUGCGUGGUCUGCAUAGGGUUUAUGCUGAAGCAGGCAGUUGGGAAGACGUGAACAGCUCAUGUCCCCAGAAGGGAAGCAAAGAACUCUUGCCAAGGCUUCAGGCUGUUUCCAUCCUGGGGAACCCACAUAACUACUAGGCUGCAGCAUGGACCCCAGGGAAGCCAAGCCAGAAAUCUUGGGUCCCUCCUCCACCUCCAGACAGCUGCCCAUGCAAAGGAAGCCUCAUCUUGAGGGGUCCCACAAGGGUCUGUGGGGAGGAGCUCCUGCAUCCUCCACUACCUGCUGAUGGCUCUCAGGCACUCUCCACUCCCAUAGCAAAUGCAGGCCAGCCAGCGGCAGGCAGAGGAGUCAGCCUGGGUCCCACGAGUGGGUCCAGGUUGGGGGGUAUGAGGGUCUCGAGGCUCCUCCUGUCACAUCCACUCUCCUCUAUGGUUCUUUCUGGCCCUUCUUCCUCUUUCCUUUCCCUUCUCUUCCACUGCCUCUGCCUUAGAGGAGCCCACAUCUGAGAGACUGCUGACCACAUUUGGCCUGGUCUAGCC